CUCUUUCUUUCCUUCUAUAAAUAACCUCAAUAUGGAUUCUCUUACUCAAUUGGACAACUUCGAACAAUACUGGAACUUGUUCCAGCAUGACACCAAUUAUCUCAAUGACGAUACAGUGUUGACCGAAAAGGAGUUUAAUAUCACCUCGUUGCCCUUGCCAGCUUUAUUGAAGAAAUUAUCUAUUGGGGAAUUAACAUCAGUAGAAACUGUAAUUGCAUUCAUGAAGAAGGAAAUCAUUUCCAGGACAUCCACAUCAAGAUCCAAAAACAGUCACCACCAAGAAUUUAUGGAUGCAAUUACAAAAGCCCGUUACUUGGAUUGGUAUUUUGCCAAAUAUGGCAGACCAAUUGGCAUAUUACAUGGAUUACCUAUAUCCAACAGACAAUUACAAUUAUUAAACAUCAACAACAGCGACGGCAAAGAGUUGGGAAAUGUUACCCUUGAUCUGGUUUAUCAUAACAUAGCUCAAUGCAACAAUGGCAGAAGUAGAGAAAAUUAUAGAGUGAAUGCUAUGGUCCCUAGACCCCAGCUUAGCUUUUAAAGCUGCUUUCUUGUAUACACUUUAGUUCUUUUAUUUCUUUAGUUUUAGGUUUAUUCGGGUCAAUAUUACAAAAAUUAUGAAUAUUACUAAUCUGUAGAUGACUAACAUUUGAUGUAAAUGAUCCCACAUUUCAACCCUCACAUGUCUUAGGUAAUCAAUCUGAACAAAGAUUAAUCAACAGCACUGAAAAAUAAAAUCAAUCAGCCUAUUCGGAUACAGAUAUCAGUAUAUACACUUGAAAUGUCGAAAGUUAGAUCGGUCCGACCUCUAAAUGUCCUCUUACUCUUGGUUGAGCCUCAUUU